GUCACCUUCGGGGUGACAUACGAAAAAAUUGGAACGAUACAGAGAAGAUUAGCAUGGCCCCUGCACAAGGAUGACACGCUUUCCCGGAGUGGUAGAUCUACGGAUCUCAAUAUUUAUGCUCCAUUUUGCAAGGCUUCAAAAUCUCAUGGACUCGCGCUCAGGAGACCUUCUUAA